UGUGUGCGAGAGCGCGGAGCGCAGCGCGGGCCGCGUCCAGCCUGUGACGCCCGGGGCCGCUGCAGCCGGAGCGGGACCGACCCGCGCCCCCCCCACGGGGGCACCCCCAGCGGGACCGACCCCCCCAGCGCCGCCUCCUGCAGCCGGCGCCGGAGGCUCGGCCCGGCGCCCCGCGGCCGCGGCCGCAGCCGCCCGGCGCCCCCCGCAGCCGGCGGGGGAGGAUGGAAACACCCUUCUACCAUGACGAUGUGUUGAGCGCCUCGGCCCCGUCCCGCGGCGGCAGCAGCAGCGGCCUCCCCCGGCCCUUCCCCGGCGGCAGCAUGAUGAAGAAGGACGGGCUCGGGCUCAGCGACCAGGUGGUGGCCACCCUGAAGGCGCCCGGCCAGCCGCUCCACCCGCUGCGGGGCGCGGCCGGCGGCGGGGGCGAGGGCCCGGCCCUGCUGAGCUCCGCCGAGCUGGGGCUGCUGAAGCUGGGCUCGCCCGAGCUCGAGCGGCUCAUCAUCCAGUCCAACGGGCUGGUCACCACCACGCCGACCAGCAGCCAGUUCCUCUACCCCAAGGUGACGGCCAGCGAGGAGCAGGAGUUCGCCGAGGGCUUCGUCAAGGCGCUGGAGGACCUGCACAAGCAGAACCAGCUGGGGGCGGGCGGCGGCGCGGCCGGGGGGCCGCCCGGGGACCUGCCCCCCGCCGCCAGCCUGGCCCAGCCGCCGCCGCCGCCGCCCCCCGAGCCGCCGGUCUACGCCAACCUGAGCAGCUACCCCGGCACGACGGUGAACUACGCCACCGAGACCGUGCCCUACCCGCCGCCGCCCGGGCUGGGGGGCGCCCCGCCGCAUCCGCGCCUCCAGCCGCCGCUCAAGGACGAGCCGCAGAUCGUGCCCGAGGUGCCCAGCUUCGGCGAGAGCCCGCCGCUGUCGCCCAUCGACAUGGACACGCAGGAGCGCAUCAAGGCGGAGCGCAAGCGGCUGCGGAACCGCAUCGCCGCCUCCAAGUGCCGCAAGAGGAAGCUGGAGCGGAUCUCGCGGCUGGAGGAGAAGGUGAAGAGCCUCAAGAGCCAGAACACCGAGCUGGCCUCCACCGCCAGCCUGCUGCGCGAGCAGGUGGCGCAGCUCAAGCAGAAGGUGCUGAGCCACGUCAACAGCGGCUGCCAGCUCCUGCCGCAGCAGCACCAGGUGCCGGCCUACUGAGCGCGCCCGGGCCGCGCCGGACCGGGGGGCCUGCGCCGCGCGAGGGGCGCGCACAGCGGACCGUGCCCGCUGCCCGCUGCCCGGUGCGGGGCUGUGCGGGCCCGGGACGCCUGAACUGAGCCGGGGCCCUCGGUGCGGGGACGCUGCGGACGCACGUGCGGGGCGCCGGACGGGCCCGGGGCCGUUGUCUCCCUGGCUGCGGGAGCGGAGGCCGCAAGACUCGGGAGGGGCCUCUGCCUUGCAGGGGGGCUGUGGGCGCAAUGGCAAAGCUGGGGGGGGGCGCCCUGCUCGGUCAGCCGGGACCCGUAUCUCCUACCGAGCGCUCCGGCGCGGACUCCUGCCCUCGCCAGGGCUCGGACAAGCUCGGCCCCCCCGGCUCCGAGCGCAUGAAUCCAAGAGACUGCAGAGCUACCCAGGUUCCGCCUAUGCAGAGCCGGGCCUGGGGCGGCCCCAGGCGAUAAGCUCAAGUGUUCUGUUGUUUGAAGUGUUUUUGCUCUAUUUAUGUUUAUACUGGGCCCAAUGUUCCUCCCCCUUGUUCUAUGCUCCACAUUCCAGUGUGCAGUAAAGUCUUGUGCCAGGA